CUUCACUUGGACGAGCGCUUUAUGCAACAAUCAUCCAACAUGUCAGCAAGAAUCCUUCUGGCUCUCUUCUUGGUUGCCGCUAUUUUGGAGACUAUCAACGGUACUCCUCACAGACCUAGAAACCCUCCGCCAUCUGUUAAUGAUUAUGAAGUCCAAGAACGACGCAGYCCCCCAGCAAAAYCUCCAACACAAGUCGAAGACGAAGCCAGCGAUGAAAUAAUAAUUGAUGACAUGAGAAUGAAACGAAAUCAGUUCCACAAGGACACAAAAACCCGUCAGAAGCGUAUGGCUUGGAGCACCGAUAACAAAUGGCCAAAAAGUGGAUCCACCGUUACAAUCCCAUAUACCAAUAGUGGUGCCAAUGAAGAAGUUAUAAAAAGAGCAGCGGAGGUCUUUAAAAGCAAGACAUGCAUUCGACUCGUCGCAAGAGGCUCAGAGAGCAAUUACCUCAAGUUCCAAAGUGGAAGCACGUGCUGAGRGCAAUUUUGCCAUACAAUCAGAACAUGUCGACCAAAGCAUUCCUUACGACUGCGACUCUAUCCUGCAUUACGAGGGUGGCGCAUUCCCCGCCAGCCCAGGACUGAAAACAAUAACCUCUACGUACUGUUCUGCUCUGGGAAACGAUGAUAAAAGGUUAUCGCUGCUGGACUACAAACGCAUCAAUAAAUUAUACGGCUGCGACGAUCCAACCUAUGUCUACUUUACCGUGAGAGUACAGACAGACGGCACUACUCUCAGUGGCUCUGGAACCGAUUGUUUUAUUUAUCUAAAACUACACGGAGAAUCAGGAACUUCCACUGAAUUCGAACUUGAUCUUGAUGACGCAGGCUCAUCAGAUCUCUUUGAAACAGGAUCGGAUGACACAUUCAGUAAGAUGGCCUACAAAAACAAUCUGGGCUCAAUAACCGGCAUUUCGGUUCGCAUGGUGAGCCAUGGGUCGUAUGAGGCAUGGUGGCCAAAUACGUUUAUAGUAACAGAUCCUGUGAACAGCCAAACGAAGACUUUCACGAAUAGUAAAUGGCUCUAUCCGAGUGAAGUCUAUGGCACAAGUAACUUCCCCAAACAGACUUAAUGUACUCGGCGGCUUGUAUCCCUCUCAUCAUUAUUGUGAAAUUGCAAACCAACAAAUUAAUUAGAUGCACAGACUAUUGUAACUGAGUUUCUUAGCAGGAAAGACAAAAAACACCUACUAGUAUUGUAGCUAGUACUUCUAAAAAUGUAAUCAAUGCAAUAAAUGGGGAAAAAACAA